CUUACAAAUCAUGUGCCACACCCCCGCCACCGUACACCGGCCAUACAUAACGCCCGAUCCUUCCCCUCCAUACUCCCUCUACACCAUUUGAUCCGCCCUACAAUGUCUUCCAAAAUCACCAUCCCAAUCACCGUCAUUUCUGACACCAUCUGUCCCUGGUGCUACAUCGGCAAACGCCGCCUCGAACGCGCAAUCGCCUCCUACCGCCUCACAAACCCCGACAUCAACUUCUCCAUCACCUGGAAGCCAUUCUACCUCGACCCAAUGGCGACAGUCGAAGACAAACUGGGACGCUAUAACAAGAAGUUCGGAGCGGGGAGGGUGGCGCAGAUGAUCCCGUACAUGAUCGACGUUGCGAAGAAGGAGGGGAUCGAGAUGAAGUACGGGGGGUUGGUCGGGCCUACGCAGGCUUCUCACCGGUUGAUCAAGUUGGCGGAGAAGGAGGGCAAUCAGGAUGCCGUGGUGAACGCGUUCUUCGAUGAAUACUUCACGCAGAACAGCAAUAUCUCCGACCCUAACGUCCUUGCUGGCGCUGCCGCAAAAGCGGGGUUGAUGGGUGGUGACAAAGAGAAGAUCAAGGAUUUCCUUGAGACUGAGGAUGGACAACUCGAGGUUGAGCAGGAGGUUUUCCAGGCGCAGAGGAGGGGUGUUAGCGGUGUGCCGCACUUCAUUGUUGACAAUAGGUACGAGCUUGGCGGUGCGCAGGAGCCUCCGGCGUUCUUGAGGGUGUUCAAUGAUGUUGUUAAGAGCAAGGCUGCCAGUGGUGCUGCUGCACCUGCGGAUGGGUGCACGGACGGAUCAUGCUCUUUCUAAGUGAAGAGUGUGUGUAUGAUAGGCAACGUAGUGUUACUUUACUAUU